AUGGCCGACGACGACCCCGAGGUAACCCUCGUCCGUCUCAACAAGGAAGAGGAAGGUGUGGGCAUUUCCGCCGGCGCCCACCUCGCCGGCAAGAAAUCGGCCAUGCUGAUGCAGAACCACGGCCUCCUGACCUCCAUCAACGGCAUCGUGUCGCUGGCCCAGCUCUACCGCAUCCCCCUGCUGAUGCUCAUCAGCUACCGCGGCGAGAUGGGCGAGCGUGACCCGUGGCAGACCGAGGGCGGGCUGGUGACCGAACGCGUCCUGGACGCCCUUGGCAUCAUGUACCGCAAGAUGGCCGACCCGGCGCUCGUGGCCCGCGACAUCCGGCAGGCCCAGACCCUCGCGGAAAGCUCGCUGCGCCCGGUGGCGCUGCUGCUCACCCGCGAACUGAUGUGGGAGGACUGA